AUAUAGAGGCGAUACUACCGCGAUUGUUUUCAAACUACCGAUAGUGGAAGCUGAAUCCAAACCAUCGGUACUAUCGAUAGUACCACCGGUAGUUUGACAUCUCUACUGUCGAGAUUGUUACAGCUCUACUGGAUCUCUAUUAUUUAUUUGGUCGCAAUGAUAAUGUUGUUAACAGGGACAAAGAUGUUCCGAGUUGCAAAUUUACCGAUAGCAAUUCAACACUUUCACAACACUGCAUCACACCAAAAAUAUGUCGCUGCAGUCCAAAUACCUAUUCCGAGUAAUGUCGAUGUUGCUGAGGAUAGCCGUUUCUCGCCCCAGCGCGCACGGGACCAAAUGUCCACAGUGAUCCUGGCACAGGGGCCUAUGUCAACUAUCGACAUCACCAUCGACAACAGCUGGAAAAACGCUGUUAGCGGCACUAUUGCUGAACAGGAUCCCCAUGUGCAAUCCUAUGACUGUUUUGGGUCAAUCAGCCUAAACUCGGUGAUGCAAAGCAAUGUACCGUCCCCAUUUGAGGGCUUAAAUAAAUUUUCGCAUCUGAACAUGCCCGGCGGCCAGUGGUCACAGCAAUAUAAGUUUACAUCUCAAAAUAUGCAGAAUUCUCACUACAGAGUCCUACGCAACAGUACUCGAGCCGAUUGGGUCACCUACGAUCCGAAUUUCACUAUCGAAAGAAAUGGCAAAGAUUCGGAAUCCCUGGGAAAUUCUCUGUCGAAUUUGUAUUGUUAAAAACGAUUUUGCGAUUAUGAAUUUUCCUAUUUUUGCAACGGCUUUUGUUCGAGAGGCGCUACUGUGCGUCGUGUGUAAAUUCAAUCUUUGGUUCAGCUUUAUUGGGCUGCACACAUGGAACUAAAUUGAAGCUUAAGCAGAAAGCUCAUCCAGCAGCGGCGGUACAAUGGGCCACGUACCUAAACAGUGAACAUGACUUUUCCUAUUUUUGCAACGCUAUUUGUUGGCGAGGAAAAGAAGAAAAGGAAAUGCAAAAAAAAAAAAAAAAAAAGAAAA